UUAAAGACCGCCAUAUUGACGAAAACACGAUGUCAACUGUCAGAAAGUAAACUGUCAACAUAGCUUGAAAACUGUGAAAAUGACUUACGAUUUACCUAGUGUCUCGUACAUGGCACUGUACAUAGUGUCCAUGCAAAUUGUAAAUUCGAAUUCUAGAAGUUCUGCAGGGUCAAACCACUGGAAACUGAGCGCAGACGAGGGAAAGGUGAUACAGAGCAGUGACCAAACAGAUGGGGAGACGGACGAGUUGAUGAACAUUCUGACCAACAAAGUGGUAGAAAACGGACAGUGGCGAAUAAUGAGAAAAACAGAACAUUGUGAUAAACACCGGUAUAAGGACUGCUCGAACGAAGAUGAUCAGAAAAAGAAGACAGAACUAAGCUGUGGGAAGGCUGUAAACCACACCCAGUAUGAUCACCUACGGGGAAUAGCAAACCGGAACGAACACAGUCAUAUACCAGAGCCGGAGGUCGCACUUAUCUUCAAGAAAAAGGGCAGCAAAGGCUCACAUGUAGAUAUUAAUGAACUAGAGGAAAAACUUAAAAAGAUGAAAAAAGAUGAUCCAAACUCGGCAAAUGUGUAUAACCAGAUAGGGAAUUUUUGGAGAAUUAAAGGAAACACACAGAAUUCAAUAGAAUGUUUUAGAAAAGCAUUAUCAGUGUCCCCAAACAACCCAGAAGUUUUACUUAAUAUGGCACGGGUCUUAUUUAAUCUCCAAUAUUUAGAUGACGCAAUAUUUCUGACAAGACGUUCACUAGUCAUGCAAACCUCCACUCAGAAUACAUGGCUUCAACAUUUUACACUAGGAGAAAUCUUGAAAGCCUAUGGACAUUACCAAGAAGCAGCACUACAUUUUACACAUGCCCUUGACCUUAAUCCAGGUUUUCAGCCCGCAAAAGCUCAUCUCAGGGAAAUGGAAGGAACUCCAAGUCCAACAGUGACACAGUAUACCCUCUUUAUUAUCUUGUUUUUAGUCUUGGGAGUUAUUUUUGGAGUCAUUACCUCAAUAGAAGCCAGUUUUGAUGAUCCAGGAGAAGUGAAGACACAGAGACAUUUUAACCGGGCCAUGGCCAUGAGGUCAAUAAAACUAGGGAUUAACCCAAAGAUUAUCCGGAUGAGAAAAAUGAAUUAUUAAGAUUUUGCUUGCAGGAGUUUUUUUUUUGGUUGUGGAAUUCAAUGAAAAAAUUGUAAAAUUUUUGAAUAAUAUAGAAUUUUAUUUUUUAGCUCAGUCAAUUUUAAAGUGUCAGUCCACACAUAAUUAAGAGAAAAAACCCAAAUGAAUGUACAUUGUUACUUGAAUAAUGCUUUACACAGCCUAUUGUUUCCAUUUGAUGAUAGCAGAGGUACUGCCAUUAAUAAGCAAUAAAUAUAGGUACAUGUAAUUACCAGUAGUGUUCUAUAAGAGAGUAUGUUACCUAACUCUGUGACAGUGUACUCCAAACUUUUCUGAGGUUAUUUCAAAGCAUCUUUUUUAUUGUAGUUUCCUGGUGCCAAAUUGUUAUUGAUAUAUUCUUAAUUGGUCUAUUUACAGAUCA